GACAAAAAUGAAUAAUCGUCAAACUGAACACAGAACCAGAUACCGUGCGUACAAGACAAACAUAAAAUCAUCGAAUAUUUCGUGUUCUUGUGAAUUGACAAAAAAAAAAUUUAAACAAAAAAUAAAGUGUAUGAGUGAUGCUCAAAAAGAAUAUCGUCAUUGUCAAUAAGCCAGUGUAGAAAAUGCGAUAGAUUGCGAAACGUGUAAAAGAAAAUUUUUUUAGUGCGAAACAGUCAUAAAAGCAGCAAAAAAAAAAAUCGAUCCGAUUUUUUUUUGCACUCCAUUCAAUUUUCAUAAACGAAACAUCGUAUAGAUAUUUUGUGCGGCAAAAAUACUAGGCUGAGCGUAUGCGCGCCGCACACACAACUGUGUUGAAAAUCAAAUGUCAAUCGUGCAUAGCACACUUUGAAACGAAAUCGCCAUUGAGGUUGUACGAACAUAGAAGUCGCCCUCUCGCCGCUUUGAGAAGGUAGACGUAUUUCAAUCAAAUCGCCUCCAUCUUGAUUCUCUACUAACCUGGCUUCUUCCGUGGAAAAUAAAAGUUAGGAUUUUUAUUUUUUAUUUUUCGGAAAUUAAUCGUAUAAAAAGAUCCGAAUUUUGACGGCAAAAUUGUGUGUAACCAGUUAUUGAGUGCCGGAAAGGUCUUUUUCAAAUCGGCGUACACUCAGACAUAUGUCUAUCGCCGAUACGCUUGUAAUAUAAAAGGAAAAAUGACAUUACCAAGUACUGCACGAGUCUAUGCCGACGUGAAUGCACACAAACCUCGUGAAUAUUGGGACUACGAAAGCUACGUCGUCGAUUGGGCCAAUCAAGAUGAUUAUCAGCUUGUCAGGAAGCUAGGCAGAGGAAAGUACAGCGAGGUGUUUGAGGCGAUCAAUGUGACCAACAACGAAAAAUGUGUGGUCAAGAUUCUGAAGCCAGUCAAAAAGAAAAAAAUCAAACGGGAAAUAAAGAUUUUGGAAAAUCUUCGGUUCGGUACGAACAUUAUAUCGUUGUUGGCUGUGGUCAAGGAUCCUGUGUCACGUACACCAGCUCUAAUCUUUGAGCAUGUUAACAACACCGAUUUCAAACAACUGUAUCAAACACUAACGGAUUAUGAUAUUCGAUUCUAUUUGUACGAGCUGCUGAAGGCGCUCGAUUUCUGUCACAGUAUGGGCAUUAUGCAUCGCGACGUGAAGCCACACAACGUCAUGAUCGAUCACGAGAACCGAAAACUGCGUCUCAUCGAUUGGGGUUUGGCUGAAUUCUAUCAUCCCGGUCAAGAGUACAAUGUGCGCGUGGCCAGCCGAUACUUCAAAGGUCCCGAACUAUUAGUUGAUUAUCAAAUGUAUGACUAUUCGUUGGAUAUGUGGUCGCUGGGCUGUAUGCUAGCAUCAAUGAUAUUCCGCAAAGAGCCAUUUUUCCACGGACAUGACAACUACGACCAGUUGGUGCGAAUUGCUAAGGUAUUAGGCACUGAGGAGCUUUAUGCAUACCUGGAUAAGUAUAACAUAGACCUGGAUCCACGUUUCAACGAUAUUUUGUCACGACAUUCACGCAAGCGAUGGGAACGAUUCGUUCACUCGGACAACCAGCAUUUGGUGUCACCAGAAGCGCUAGACUUUCUUGACAAACUGUUACGUUAUGAUCAUUACGAACGCUUAACAGCUCGUGAAGCCAUGGAUCAUCCAUACUUUACGCCAGUCGUAAACGGUGCAAUCGCCUCUUCAAAUUCAACAGCAAAAGCACCCGAUCAAUAAUAAUAUUAAAGUUUUCAAUAUUUUUAUUAAUGAUAAAAAGGAAAAAAAAUACAAAAAACAAAAAUUAAAUAAAAACUAAUAAAGGGAAAUUGAUGAAGUUUUAAGAGGAGCAAACAGAGAGUCGAGUGAUUGAAGAAGAAAAAAUGGCGAAACAACAAAAUAGAAAUUGAAAAAAAUAAAAUAAUAAAACAAAAGAAAUUUAAGAUAGCAACUAUCAUCAAAAAAUCGAACUAUUCAGUAACAAAAAGAAAUGAAAAAUACGAGAGACGAGAAUUCUGCUCCCAUUAAUUGAAAAAAUAAACGCGAUUUUUCCUCUGGAAAUAAGUAAUUAUUAAAUGUGCCCAAUCUUUGUUUUCUUUGAAAGUUACACAAAUAAAAGAUUUGCAUUUCUGUGGGAGCACAGUACUCGUCUCGAUCUUUUUUUUUAUUUUUAAAUCGGUAUAUUCCUCGUACAUACCACACAAAACAAAAACAAGUAAACAAUAAUAUUAACCAAGAUCGAAUCGCAUUCAAGAAACUAGACCAUCCAUACACUUUAUACGCAUUUACCGAACAUUUGCAAAUGUCAAGCAACAAAUUCGAUUUUUAUCAUUUUAACAAAGAAAAAUCGUUCAUCAGUCGACUAACCUCAUAAGUGGAAUCACAAAUUGUUUAUCCGAAACGAAUAAAUUAUAAAUCGACAUACAAAAACAGAGAAAAAAAGUUGCAACAUCAACAUCAACAACAACAAACAAAUCACAUGAAUUUCUUAUGGCUUUCCAAAUAUUGGGCACCAAUUCCAGAUAUUCAAUACGAAAAAAAAAAAAACCUAAAGAAAGAUGAGAAUGAACAAUAACUAUUAAUGAUAAUUAUAACGAAACAUGAUAUAACUAUAAAUCGAUUUGAGAAGGAAAAGAAAAACAUCAAAUGAGUACGCGAUACAAACCUAUGCUAAAGUAUAGCAAUUGCAUCAAUAACAAAAAACAACAACAAUAAAAUUGAAGAAUAAAGUCAUUGAAUUAAAAACUGC